AGUCCUUAUUAGAACUUGUCAACAUGGCUAAAGUUUUGAGUUUAUUCUUUAUGAUCAUAUAUCUUCUUGCUUUUGCACCAAUAUUAUGUUUAUCAAGCAAAACCAAUUAUAAUUAUAGUUACUUGUAUCCACAAUUUUAUGAUGGGUCAUGCCCGAAAGCAAAAGAAAUUGUCAAGUCUGUUGUUGCUAAGGCCGUAGCCAAAGAAGCCCGAAUGGCUGCCUCUUUGCUACGACUCCAUUUUCAUGAUUGCUUUGUUAAGGGUUGUGAUGCAUCGGUGCUUCUUGACAGUAGUGGAACCUUGAAAAGUGAAAAAUUAUCAAACACCAAUAUGAAUUCAGCACGUGGAUUUGAAGUAAUUGAUGAAAUUAAAUCUGCACUUGAAAAGGAAUGCCCUCAAACUGUCUCUUGUGCUGAUAUAUUGACACUUGCUGCAAGGGAUUCUACUGUUUUAGUAAGCUGGUGGACCAAGUUGGGAAGAAGAGAUGCAAGAGAUGCUAGUAUAAGUGGCUCCAACAAUUGCAAUAACAUUCCUGCUCAAAACAACACAUUUAGUGCCAUUCUCACUAAAUUCAAGCUAAAAGGACUUGAUCUUGUUGAUUUUGUUACUUUAUCUGGGAGCCACACAAUUGGAAAAGCAAGAUGUACUAGUUUCAAGCAGAGACUCUACAAUCAAUCAGGCAAAAAUUUACCAGAUUAUACAUUAGAUAAAAAAUAUGCUGCCCAAUUAAGCACUAAGUGUCCAAAAUUUGGUGGUGACCAAAAUUUAUUUUUCUUGGAUUAUGUUUCACCAACAAAAUUUGAUAACAAUUACUACAAGAACUUGUUGGCUUCAAAGGGUUUAUUGAAUUCAGACCAAAUUCUUGUAACAAAGAAUGAAACAUCAUUAGAAUUGGUGAAAUUGUAUGCUAAAAAUAACGAGAUUUUCUUCAAGCAGUUCGCGAAAUCCAUGGUGAAAUUGGGAAAUAUUUCACCUUUAAUGGGACAUAAGGGAGAGAUUAGGAAGAAUUGUAGAAAAAUGAACUAAGAGAGUUCAAUUAUUGUGUCUUUAUUUGAUGUAAUUUUUAUGUUUUUAUUUUAUCAUUUUUCAAU